AAAACUACAAUACAAUGAAAGUAGCAUUAAUUUGAAUAAAUAAGUAAUGUAAAUCUAAACUAGCACAAUUUUUGCAUUCUAAGUACUUACUAGUUAGUACCUGAAUAUGUGUCCUACUUUGUACAUGCUGGCUGCAAGCCCCCCCUGUCGUGCAGUGUUAAUAACAGCCCACGCCCUUGGUCUAACCUUGGACAAAAAAGAAGUGUACUUUUUUCGUGACGAACACUUGACACCGGAGUACCAGAAGCUGAACCCCCAGCGCACCAUUCCGACUCUUGUGGACGACGAUGGGUUUGCAAUCUGGGACAGUCAUGCCAUCAUGGCCUACCUAGUCUCGAAGUACGCUAAAAACGACUCGCUCUACCCCCAAGACUUGAAGAAACGUGCCAUCAUCAACCAGAGACUCUUCUUCGAAUCGAGUGCCGUCUUCUUUCACAUGAAGAACAUAGCAAAAGCAAUUCUUAAUAGAGGCGACAAGUUCAUAGAUCCUGAAGAGAAACAACACAUCAUUGAAGCGUAUGGUUUUCUAGAUAAGUUUCUGGAAGGGAAGGAAUGGGCAGCUGGUGACUCGAUCACACUUGCUGAUUAUAGUUUAGUCACUACUUUUAGUUGCGCCAACGGCGUUAUUCCUGUCGAUUUUGACGUGUUCCCGAACGUUUUCGCCUGGUUGGAUAGGUGUGAAGACCUUCCCGAAUGUCGCGCUAGUCGUAAAGGCUUAAAAGAGGCAACCCACAUGCUCAAAGUUAGGCUAGAAAUGAAACUUUACAAUUUGUCUUCGCCGCAAUCCCUACACGACGCAAAUAUUGAUAGAUGUGGAAAAUGGUGGGAAUUCGUGCACGAAAUGCUCAAGACGACGAAGCAGUGUUUAUGUUUGAGUUGUUCGACAAAUUUAUUCACAACCAUGCCGCCCACACUCUACAUGGUCCCUUCAAGCCCUCCGGUGCGAGCCGUCCAGAUCACCGCCAAAGCCCUAGGACUCAAACUCGUCGAAAAACACCUGGACUUCCAAAAAAGAGAAAACCUGCAACCCGAAUUUUUGAAAAUCAACCCACAACACACGGUACCCACUUUGGUGGACGACGAUGGGUUCAUCCUAUGGGACAGCCACGCUAUCAACGCCUACUUAGUGUCAAAAUAUGGCCAGAGCGACUCUUUGUACCCACAAGACUUAAAAAAGCGCGCGAUUGUCGACCAGAGAUUGCAUUUUGAUUCAGGGGUGGCGUCGGUUAGAGCGUCAGACGUCAUGCUGCCUAUUCGUAGAGGCGAAAAAACCAGUCUCGACGACAACGACAAACACAAAUUGGGCGAAGUUUACGCUUUCUUGGACACUUUUUUGGACGGUCACGAAUGGAUAGCCGAUGAUGUCGUAACCAUAGCCGACUACUCGAUCUACUCCACCGUCUCCUCCAGCAACGUUUUCAUACCAAUCGACCCCGACAAAUACCCCCGACUCCAAGCCUGGUUCCACAAAGUCGAAGCUCUCCCGGAAACGGAAGUCAGCAAGCCAGGCCUCCGGAUUUUCGCCGGCAGGGUGCAAAGUAGAUUGAAACAGUUGCCUUAAAUAAAUUCUUUCAUACUCA